AUGGCCCUUGUCCCACUUGGUCAGGGCAAAGUCAAACCAACGACACCCCUCAUAAUCGAGAACGAGGCACUGGCAUCUCUCCCGUCCAAAUCCAACAAUAGUCCUCCGUUGAUCACCGAUUUCCAUGUGCAGAGAGACAGCUCGUGUGCGACAGAAUGCGUUGACUUCCAUGACGUCCGAUACGGGCAGGUUCCCGAAACCAUGGGCCGUGACAGCCUCCGACCCUUGGAUGCCGUCCAGUGGGAGGGCUCGGUCACUCUCCGGCGCCGAGCAGACGUGCUUCCAAGAGAGUCGGAAAGUCUAACUCACGACAUAGACGAGGGCGCAACUUACAGCUCUGAAGAUCGUGGCCAUGCUCGAAAGGAGACCAUCCCGUCCAAACCAACUGCACGGCAACAUGCGGCAAGGAAGCCUCAUCUCAAACGUGCGGUCAAGGGUCGGAAGCAUGUCCACGGAUUUUAUCCAAAGAAGGCCGUUUCCAAGAAGGAGAAACCUGACGAGUCCCUCCCAGUGUUGAGGUACAACGAGGGCCCAUCGUGGCUGCUGGAACUCGACGGCGAGGAGAUCAAUCCCUUGCUACCGUCGCCGUUCCCCAAUGAUCUUGUUAGGAGACACAUGCACAGUCUUCCCGAAGUGCUGGCUAAGCUGGUCUCAAAGGCCGCUUUGAGUGCCCCCUAUGGCCGUGCUUUCUCGAGCGAUCUCAUGGCUUCGCUGUCGAUGCACCCGGCCCAACUGCACGCCAUGAUGUUUGCGGUGAUGGUCCACGAUCGCAUCCAGCAAGGGAUCAGCAAUCCAACCGCAACGGAGCUCAUGGUCGGCAUGGAAGCCAUCCGACAUCUCAACAAGGAGAUCAGCAGUCCGGACCCUGAACGAGCACUCUCCGACUCGAACAUCUGGGCCGUCCUGGUGCUCGCGUACUCUGGAAGGGAGGACAAGCUGAGACCCGCGCAGAGUUACCCCCGGCAGAGCUUCCUGAGAGAGCUGCAAUCGAUCCACAUCUAUCUGAAGAUGGACAUCGUGAUCGAGCAUGUCCUCGGCCUGGUCAAGAUGAUGGAGCUGCUGGGAGAUUUGCGGAAGAUCAAGACGCCCGGGAUCGCACAAACCGUGUCGUGGGCCGGUGUAAUGGGCGCGGUCCGCAAUCUCACCCGACCAAUCUUCCCGUUCGUGUCCCACACGGCGACCUUCGUCCACGAAGACGGCCGGCUCGCGGUAUCGCAGCACGAACGCGAGGCCGUGGCCAAAGACCUAGGCCUACUGGGCGCCGGCUUCUGGCAAGUCUGGAGCUUGAACGCCGCCUCCACAGCGGCCUACCUUGACCGUCUCUUCGAGGUCAUCCAAGACAUGGCCGACUUCACCAUUGUGGUCGAGAACCACGCCAGUGGACGGUGGAUACCCAGAACAUCCCCCGAGAUCAUCGACCAGCGAAACUUUGUGCAGCAUAAAUUGAUGUCUCUGCACUCGGAGGAGGAAUUGGUCGUCAGCGGUGGGCUUGUCGCGGAGGACAUCGAUGUACAAUACGAGACUUGCCGCCUUGCCUGCAUAGUCUACUCGUUUCUGGUGGUGUUCCCCGUCCCCCCAGUCGUGGGACCCUUCGAGACCCUCGUGGGGAGGUUGAAGCGCACGCUGAAAGCGACCGACUGGACAGUAUUCGACAGGCCCCGGCUGCGACUACAUUUGUGGAUUCUGAUCAUGGGCUCGAUCGCUUCCAUCGGACUGCCGGAUCGUCCUUGGUUCCUGCUAAGAGUUAUGGAGGUGCUCGAAGACGUCGGCAUGACGAACUGGAAAGGCUUGAAAGCAUUGUUGAAGACAUUCUUGUGGCAUCCGCGGACCAGUGACUUAGACGGGCUUGACAUUUGGAAAGCGACUCAGCACGCAGAUACCCCCGAUUUAGCACAAUGA